GCCUCCUCCACUACCCUAGGGGCAUGAAGUUUUUUCUUCGUACAAGGAGGCUCUGUCUGGAGCUCCAAAACCUGCAGAGGGGUCAGGUCCUCUGGUGAAGACGCGGCCCUGUGAAGAAGCAAGUGUACGCAGGCCUUUGUCGGGGCCAAGUUUGGAAACUUUGUUACUGGCGUUGGCAGAGAUGGAGAAGCAAGCGGGUGGGUUAAUUCUUAAUAUGGGUGUAUUAAAACACUGCGUUGAGGAGGGACUUCAGAGGGAGAAGAUUUUUGUGGGGGUCCAGGGUGAAGGCUUCGUUAACGGGCCUGUGUUUGAGUAUGGGCUUAAGGGGAAGGGAACCGUUUUUGGUGGGCCUCAUUUGCAAGCCAAGUCUACCCAGCAGCCCAUCGAUUUAGCUAAGCCCGUAGCCCAUGGCUUGAAGCCUGCGUGGAGAUGCAGGGAAGCCCACGGAGCUAGCCCAGUGUCGUUGCUACCGUUGGUGGCGGGACAGGCCUCCUCGCCGGUGGAGGCGUGUUCGACGGUGGCGGUGGUGGGCCCGCCGGUGAGUUCUGUGCUACCUAAGGUGGUGUCGGUAGGUUGCAGAGUUGAUGAUCCGAUUCUUAGUAUUGCAGGAAUCCUCGCGUCGGCGACUCAAACGUCGGCAUCCCUGAAACAGAACCCGACGACUCAAAUGCCGGCAGCCACUGAUACGCUCAUGGAAGUCCUCGAUGAAGUCAGCGGCCCUGCACAAGCUUUGUUGGAACACGGGGUGCUUUCAGAGGGGCCGCCACCUUCUGUGGUGGCACAGACUUCGCCGCCGGUAUGUCCUGGCCUACUUCUCGAGCCUCUGGUGACGAAUACUCUACCGGUGCCGUCUCAUAAUCAUUUGUUGGAUGUAGUUGAACUUUCGGGCCUAGCAGUGGCACAAAUAGAGACGCCAGCUCCUUCUGGGGUGUUUUCUGUUCCCCUAGCUGCGAAAACAGUAGCUAUUGCGUCGGAAAAGGUGGUAGAAGAGUCCGAUUUUCUCGAAAAUACUGGUUCUUUGGUUCUGUUUACGGCUAUCAGGGAUGGGGAGGAUGAACCUACUCCACUCUAUUCCUUUCAUCCCAAUGUGUCAGACUGGGUUAUCCGGAGAGCAAUGGACAUUAAGCACAUGGUCGGAAUUUCUUAUGGGGAUUUUGAAGCUGAAUUUAUGGCCUUACUUACAGCCGUAAAGGCAGUCAAUGCCCAAGCAAAGUCCGACCAAUCCUUGGCUUCGGCCAAAAAAAGGGAAAGGGAACUCAAAAGGCUAGAUUGGGCAAUGAAAGAGGAUGGAGGUGAGAAGAGCUCUACUCGGGAGCGUAGUAAGGGGAGGGGGAAGAUGGUUGUCCCAUGAAGCCAAAAAUAAUUUCAUGGAAUGUGAGGGGGCUGCAUGAUCCUAAUAAGCGGCUCCAAGUUAGAAAUUUACUUCGCCAGUGGAAAGGGGACAUCAUAUGCUUACAAGAGACUAAAUUGGAAGUUAUUACUAGACAAGUAAUUCGCAGUUUAUGGAGAGGACAACAUAUUGGGUGGUCCUACCUACCUUCAAAAGGUGCUUCCGGGGGAGUUUUAAUUAUGUUUGACACAAGGGUGGUGGAAAGGGUGGAGGAGUGUGUGGGUGAUUUCUCGGUGUCAUGCUCUUUUGUUAACAUAGAAGACGGCUUUAAGUGGGCUUUUGCAGGGGUUUAUGGCCCUAAUCUGGAUUCAGAGAGACGAUUUUUGUGGGAAGAACUAGCGGGAGUCAUUAGUUGGUGGGAGCUACCAAGUUGCAUAAGGGGUGACUUUAAUACUUCUCGCUUUCCAAGCGAGAGGUCGGGAUCUUCUCACAUCACUCCAGCCAUGAGAGAUUUCUCUGAUUUUAUUUCAGAACAGGAGCUCAUGGACAUUCCAUUAUCAGGAGGCACUUUUACCUGGUCCAACAACCGUGACUGCCCAUCAUGGUCGAGGAUUGAUAGAUUUUUGCUAACACCCGAUUGAGAGUCACACUUUCCAGAUGUGGCUCAAAGAAGAUUACCC